AUGCCCCGUCACAAGUCAGCUUCCAAGCUUCCAGCUCGGCCACUCGUAUCAAACACCAUACCCAUUUCCCCGCCUCCCUCAUCUCAGCCACUUCAAACGUCCAGUCCGCGGUCUUCGCGAGGCAGUCCCUCCCCUGAACCAGAUUUCAGACCUGGUAGCAAGUUUGAAUCAAGGAGAGAGCAGAGGAGGAGUCUCGCACAUGAUAAACCCGACGAGGGCCAGAGCCUGGACACUGGAUCAGAUAUUGGUGCGCCGUCAUCACCCCCAAGGGAGGAGGGUGGGUUUCGCGGCAGUUCGUCCAUCGUCAAGCCUCCAGAUGAGAUUGAAACUAUUUGGAUACUGGAGAUUCUUCAUGAAAACAGGAAUACCCUAUUAGACUCACCGCCACGUGGCCAGCAUCCUGACAAGGAGUUUUGGACACUAUGCAAUGAAAAGGUUGCAGCAAAGAUUGGGCACCCCGUUUUUUCGGGGUGGGCAGCCUUGAAGUCUUUCGUCCAGAAGAAUUACUAUAGACAUCGAGGGCCUGGCAUGUCGCAUUCGUUCAUUCAAAAUAACGGGUCAAGCAGAAGGCAAGAGCUGACAAGAUGUUGGUUGCCCUACUGGGAAGUCAGAGACUGGCACAUUUACGCAGCCAAAAUCGAGCAGUCCACUAUCUCGACCUUCGGCCGAGCUUUCACUUUGAAAGUUCUUCGAGAGUUCUGCAAGAUUGAUGAUGACGAUGCGGAUUUGACACCUCAUAUCAUCAACCCGGCUUUGUGGCAAACGAUGCAACGCUAUGUUGCCAAGGAACUGAAAAAACCAUUCCAUCGAACUGGUCGACAGUCUCUAGUUCAUCCGGAGGAUAUCGAUGCGGAAUCAGAGUGGGGUGAUUUGGGCGACGAAGAGAGUUUCGAUGACAACAUCAUGUCUGAGGACCCCAACCCACUACCUUCGAUCGAGCAAGAUCAAGAAUGCCAUACACGACAGACAGAAACUUCUCAGGAUGUCCAUUCAGCCGGGCAAGAUCAAGAGGCUGACCUUAAGAGACUGAUGGAGUAUGAGUGUAUUAUUAUGCAACUAGGCCCGGGACACUAUUCAAGUGACGGCCGCAGUGGUCCAUGUGACAAUCCAGAUCAUCACAAUCUUCAUCCACCCGAGAGUCAUGUGGGAUCAUCUGUGCCUUCAAACAUCACCAAUGGCAUGGCGUCAACACGCGGAGACCGCGGUGGCAUCAGACCUGCCCCCCAAACUAAAAUGACUCAGCUUGGAACUGCCGCCGAGAAUAUCAAUUUCGACGUCGAGGAGAACGAAUGUACUCCGUCAGCAGAGAUUGGCAACAAUGUUCCCACACAAUCUAACGCAGGCAAAAAUGAACCGAACACGGACCCAUUCAGUCCGAAGCCCAUCUCGCCCCCAAGAUUACUUGCUACCAUCAUGGGACCACCUGAUAGCUCCCCAGGAAAGGAGGCGAGCGCCCCAACUUGCAUCUCCAAGCAUUCAAGUAGCCGAACGAAGGAAAGCUCACCUACCGGUGCCCUUGCCAUUUCAUCCCACAAUCAAUCUGAUUCGACAGAGAGAGGAGUAUUUACUACAGCACAUCUUGUACCGGGAGAUGGAGCGACUCCGAAUCCCCCAGCUUCUCAAUCAACAAGUCGAGAAGUUCAUCAAUCACAACAACCAGAGAGGACCAACAAGCAGAAGACGGUGCACAAGGUCACCUUGAGGACCGGCGGCGAGGGUACCCCACCUGCACUUCGACAAGAGAACAUUGAUCACAAGCUUAGACGGCGCAAAAUGAGACGCACACUGUUCCAAACUCCUCAGCAGCUCGAAGCUGCCUCCGUGUCAUGCGGGAGUCGCCUCUACAGUCCUGUAGCGGAGACUGGUAGUCAACCUUACAGACGUGCUGCUCAGUCGGCGAGUUCUAUAGGAGAACAACCCGCUGUAGAUGAGAUCCUUCCGCAAGGGUUCUAUGGGAAAACCUAUCGUCGAAGAGUCGAUCAUUGGAACCUCUCCCGCCCGCCUUCAGGAAGGUACACCCGCUUCUCGGAUGACCUCGGGGAACCACUCAACAGCCCACAGGCUAUAGCAGAAACGGAAGCACAAUCUACACCCGGCACCACGGGAGCACCACAGCAGAACCGGCACCCGAAGUAUCCGGAUCGUGGCGCAACAGCUCUACGUCAAGAGAGAUCAGUUUCCCUGGGCGCAGGGUCCCCAAGCACUGAGCACAGUAGCAUACGCAUCGAUAUUCGACUCCUUGGUGAUGACAGCAGCUCGGAUGAAAGCAGUCUUCCUCCCCUUGAGCAGAUUUUUGAAGAAAACAGACGCACGAGACAGGCCGACCUCGAACAGAGUCUCGUCGAAGGAGAGCCGCAAUCCCGCAAUGUAGAACCAUUGCUGGGACCAGAGGCAAGUCGAUGGAGUGCAAUUGCCCAUCAUGAUGAACCUAACGAAGCUAAGAUGAAAGCCAGCUUGCCGUGGACUACGUCUCCACGCAAUUCAUCCCACAACGUCCCAGAUCCACCUUCAGGGGGCACUGCGACAGCCGUCGACGAGAAUGAUACCUCUGUCGACCACAACGCGUCGGCUGUUUGGAGUCCCCCUGUGCCACAAAUCUUAGACGCAAGUAAAGGUCUUGACACAACACCGCAAGGCACGGCAGGAUCGGCAAAUGGUCGCUGGGAUGCGAUGAGUGAUAAGAAGCGCGACAAGAGCCACGGAAGACGCGAGCGCCGCAAUAGUCGACGCAAGCGGAGGCGGGAAGAAGCCGCAGUGGCAUCACAUCGUCCAGAGGACUCAAGGCUGCCUUCCUCUGAGAGUGUCGCUGGGCCCUCUGAUGUGGCCAACGGGCAUGUGGCAAAACAUGAUUGUACAUCCACAGCGAUCGAGUUACCAGGACACGCGGCGGCCUCAGGGGCAGAUGGGCCGGAUUACGAUAGUACGCCAUCGCGAUUGUCAAAGGUGCCGGAUGGUCUGCAACAAACACCGGAAUAUUGUGGUUCUAAGAAGAAGAAUUUAGCAGAGAACUCGACAAAGCGAAAAGCACCCCUGCCCGGUGCCACCCUGGAAAUGCCUUGCAAGACCUUUAAGCGGCAUUUUGAUGAAGCAGAUGAUCAUGGUGCAGAGGACACCACGAUCAAGAAUCCGCCAAAGAGAAGGAAGCCGGGAGACUGUGGUGGCGAUGAGCCAGAAACACCUAAGCAUAAGAGCAAAGGCAAGGGAAAACAGGUAUUCCAGGAGGUAACUCCGACGACUUCCGCGGCGACAGAGCCGACGACGAAUAUGGGCGGCCAGUGUCCCUCACUACGACCAACAUCACCGCUCACCGGGGGCCUUCAGUUCACCAGUCCUCCAGUGACAGAGGCCAUUCUCAGUAACACCAGAGAUCAGAUACAAGGCACCAGGAGUCAUGACAGUAGGCCACAUGCGGGCAACCCUUCUGGGCAUAACUCGCCCAUGCCGUUUCGCGACACACCGCAACCCUCAAGCUCGGCCCAUCAUCAACGGUCACCAAGUCAGUAUCGUCAUGGGCGCCGAAGACACAGGCCGAUAAGCAACUCUCCAAACAUGCCGAGCCGUCGACACCGCCAUAUUGCGCGGCUGGACACGCCUGCUACUAGUGCUAGUCCCGGUCUCUUCGUCACUCCGGCAUUGAGAAGCCACGGCGACCAAUCCAUGACACCAAGGCAUCAGAGGUCUUCCUCAAGGGUGGGAAGCAGCUUGGGGUUUCCCGAGCGCCAUCGUGGACUCAGGAAGCAUGAUGAUCCAGGACGGUUCAACCGAUCUAUGACAGUAGACACCGAUAUCGUACUGGCCACUGGCUCUCCAACCAAGACAUUCAUGUUGAACAAAGUUCGGCGGCUAACGAGCCAGGUCGAAGAUCUCAGCCGGCGGUUGCAAGAAAUGAACUCGUCCCAGUAG